UUUGUUUCUUUCAGAGCCAACACUUUCAGUUCUAUCGACUAUCGAUCUUGUUCUUCUAUAAACGUCACCGUGUGCGUACUAUUUGUAAGAAAGAACACAAUGGGAAGAGCACCUUGCUGUGAUAAGAAUGGACUCAAGAAAGGUCCUUGGACUCCUGAGGAAGAUCAUAAUCUCAUCAGCUAUAUUCAAUUGCAUGGCCCAGGCAACUGGCGAAAUCUUCCUAAGAACGCCGGGCUUCAAAGAUGUGGAAAAAGUUGUCGUCUUCGAUGGACUAAUUACCUGAGACCUGAUAUCAAGAGAGGAAGAUUUUCUUUUGAAGAAGAAGAGACCAUAAUCCAGUUGCAUAGCAUCUUGGGCAACAAGUGGUCAGCUAUUGCCGCUCGCUUGCCAGGAAGGACCGACAAUGAAAUCAAAAACUACUGGAACACUCAUAUCAGGAAGAGGCUUCUUAGAAACGGGAUUGAUCCUGUGACUCAUGCUCCUCGCCUUGAUCUUCUUGACCUAUCAACACUUCUUAGAUCAACUUUGUGCAACUCUUCACUUCUCAAUGUGUCAAACCUGUUUGGUGCUCAAGCUCUCCUAAACCCAGAACUGUUAAGGCUAGCUUCUACCCUUUUAUCAUUAAAGCAAGAAAACCCAGAAACAGUUAUGCAGUAUCUCCAGCAAAACCAACUUUGCAAUAUUCCUCAGCUGCAAAACCAGACACCAAUUACUUCCCAAGUAAACGAUCAGUUUCAAACUCAUAUUCCAGAAGUUUCAAAUUGCACCACAUCUAAUGCAAUUUGUACUUCAAAUUUUGAUCAAACGCAACUCAUGCAAGCCAAUCUGGAAGGGCUAUUGUCAAACUUGACAAACUUGAGCAGCCAAAAUUUCCAAGAGAAUUUGAUACCUUCAAGUUUAACUGAAACUUUUGUUUCGGAACCAAAUCACAUGUUUUGUAGCUCAAACCCCACAAUUCCUGUUACUUCUGAAGGUUCAAGUUUCCAAUCACUCAACAACGGAAACCAAAAUUUUAGCUUUGAUUCUGUUAUGUCAACGCCGUUAUCAAGCCCGACUCCGUUGAAUUCAUCAUCCACAUACAUCAAUAGCAGCCCCGAAGAUGAGAGAGAAAGCUACUGCAGCAGCUUGUUGAAGUUUGAAAUUCCAGAGAGUUUGGAUAUUAGUGAUUUCUUGUAAAUUUUGUGUAAGUGCAUGUGAGACUUGUAAUGAAAACUAUCCUUGUGAAUUAGGGUUUGGUUUUGGUUUUGUAUUAGUUGUUGUUGUCUUGUUGAUAAGUGGAAUUCUUUGUUAUUUUUUCAAUAACAGUUUACCAUAGUCAUUGUCCUA